UCUAUUACGGUAAGUAAAUAAAUAAAUGGUCUUUCUUGCCUUCAAGGCCCAAAAGAUCCGAUUUUCACUUUUCAGCUGUUCGUCUCUUGGUGGUUCCGUACUCCGUUGUGCGGCGGAUCUCUCUCAGUCUUAGUUAGGCUCAGACUUAGCAGAUGUUUGCCACCAACGGCACUUCGAAAUGGAUCACACUUUCAUUAACAUUGGCCGUCGCCACUGUCUCCGUUUUUAUCUGGAGAAGAAAAUCAAAAGUAUAUGAGAAAAGGGUUCGAGAGCUUGAGUUAGCUCUCAAGUCAUCUGUAAACAAUUGUGCUGCUGAGAGACAAGGUCGAAUUCGAUCUCAGCAGGCUUUGAGGAAAACUCUAAGCCAACAAAAGUCUGACAGUUUCGACUCAACCUGUUACCCAGUUACACCCAUUGGUAUCAUCCAAUCAUGCUUCUCUACCAGGAAUGGUACGCCUAGGCAACCUUUGCUUGUACCUCUUGCUAGAGCACGCCUUAAUUUCAAUCAAGCUCGAGUUCCCCCUGCUUGUCUCGAGGGUCUUGAAGAAUACUCACAUUGCUGGAUUAUAUAUGUUUUUCAUAUGAAUACAAAUCUUGAAAAGUUAUGGAAGAAUCCAUCACAUUCCAAGUUCAAAGCAAAGGUGAGAGUACCCAAAUUGAAAGGGGGAAAGAUGGGUGUGUUUGCAACAAGGUCUCCACAUCGUCCAUGCCCGAUAGGCCUUACUGUGGCAAAGGUGGAGGAAGUGCAAGGAAAUGCUGUUCUAUUCUCUGGUGUGGAUUUGGUUGAUGGAACACCUGUUCUUGAUAUCAAACCAUAUCUACCUUAUUGUGACAGUAAUCAAGAGGCAACCGUGCCAUCAUGGGUGAAUGAGGACAAGUUAUUAUCAGUGGCGUCAAUUAACUUUUCUGAUGGAUUUGCUGCUUCAUUAUCUGACUGUUGGAUAAAACAGGAAAAGAAGUCACUUUAUAAAUCAGCAGAUGAAUUCAAGAGUUUGAUCAGACAGGUGCUCUCUUGGGAUAUUCGAUCACUUUCUCAACGAAUUAGGUACCACGGUUCGGUUACUAGAGAAAAUGGUGGAACAAUUGACAAUUGUUCAGAUUUGGAUGAAAAUCAAGAUGAAGCAGCUUCUGAUUAUCAUGAAACUGAACAGCAUGAUUCUCUUCCUUCAAGUGUUACUGUUUAUCACUUGAUUUUGGAGGGUCUUGAUGUCUCAUACACAAUAGAUUCCAAGGACAAUGUUAUUGUAGAGAAGUUGACUCGCCCAUCUCUUGUAUCGGAUAUACUUUUGAAGCCGACAAAUCUGAAUGAGGAUAUUUAGGGUCACGCUAGUAAACCCGUUGAAAUCAAGAUUGAAGUUCUUUUGAUUCAUUAGCGAAAAUCAGAUAUGUUGUCUAAAUUGGGCUGUCAUUGAGGUGAGGACAUCAUGGAGGAGCAUUUAAAGUUUUGUUUUUGCUCAUAAUAUUUAGACAUGAUAUUGAAGAGUCUAUUACAAGUUUGGUUUAAC